CUCAGCCAAGAUGACCUCACUGCAUGUCAUCCCUCUGUAUCAGCAAAUCCGUCACUGUGGCUUGACCGAGCCUAGGAAACACCUUUUAUAAAAUCAGUGGAGAUUAUCAUCUCGGAGGGUCUCGGGACCUCCUUGGGCAAAUGUUAUCUAACGCUCUGUAAGCAAACAGAGCCUGCCCUAUAAAAUGCAGGGCUCCGACGGCGUCUCAUCCCUGACUCGUGGUCGUCUUUGGAGCAGAGAGGAGGCAACGGCCCCCAUGGAGUACAAGGUGAUCUCUGCCCUGGUCCUGGUCUUUGUGCUGGCCCUCAGCACCCUGGCCGAGACCCAGUCAGAGACGUGCGUGAUGGCCCCCCGUGAAAGAAAGAAUUGUGGUUUUCCUGGUGUCACAGCCUCCCAGUGUACAAGUAAGGGCUGCUGUUUUGAUGACACCAUUCCUGGGUUCCCCUGGUGCUUCACUCCUAAGACCAUCGACGUCCCUCCAGAAGAUGAGUGUGAAUUUUAGACAUUUCUGCGGGGAUCUGCCUGCAUCCUGACACGGUGGUUGGUCCCAGAGCUUGGCUGCCACCUCCACGGGACACCGCAGACACGCUCCCGAAGCCGUGCCUUGAUUCUCAACACAGGUUGACUCCUCUGACUUUGACUACUCAAAAUUGGCCUGAAAAUUAAAAGAGAUUGAUGUUA